UGGGGUGUCCUUCCAUUACUGGAUGUUCCACCCUCCGCGGAGAAGCCCAGACUGCUGUGACCCCUCCACCCCCAGGCUUUGGUCAGCGGUCUUCCCCGAGGGGGUACUGGGAACUCAGCAGAGAAGCCGGGAGGGGAGGGGAGGCGGCAGCGCAGUCUCUUCGCGCCACCCAGUCCCUCGCCCUGGUGCUGACACCCGCUAACCAAGCACAGGCGUACGGACCAGCUUCCCCGCGCAUUCUCACUUAGAUCAAUAUGGAUGUCUGCUGAUCAGAAGCUGGAGAGCUACAUAUUAGCAUCAGGAGGUGAUUGCUUCUUACAAUUCCUAUUCCUGUUCUGAAGGAGAUAGCCCAGGUGCUGUGGAAAUGAACGGAGAACAGCAGCUUGACACAGAUGCUGGAUCUGGGGUGGAGGAAGUGGAAUUUAACUGGGAUGAAUAUCUAGAAGAUACAGGAUCCAUAGCAGCUCCACAUGGGUCCUUUAAACAUGUGGACACAAGUCUCCAGAAUGGAUUUGCUCCUGGCAUGAAACUAGAGGUUGCAGUAAAAUCUGACCAUGAAAUUUACUGGGUUGCUACCAUCAUCACCACAUGUGGGCAGUUACUCUUGUUGCGUUAUGAUGGCUAUGGAGAGGACCGAAAGGCAGAUUUCUGGUGUGAUAUCAGGACAGCUGAUUUACACUCCAUAGGUUGGUGUGAGCAGAAUAAGAAGAUUCUCAAAGCACCUGAAGGUAUCAAGGACAAGAUUUCUGAUUGUAAUGAAUUCUUACGGGAGACUCUGAAGGGAGCAUGCACUGCACCUUCUAACCUGCUAGAGGGCCUUCAUAAAGGGAAGAAUCCUUUGGAUCUCAUUGCACCAGGCUCUAGACUGGAAUGUCAAAAUUUCCAAGAUUCUUUAAGCACUUGGAUUGUUAAUGUGGCAGAUAAUAUUGGGGGAAGGUUGAAGUUGCACUAUGAAGGUCUGGAGAAUUCUGCCCAGUUUGAACAGUGGUUAUUUUACCUAGAUCCAUUCCUUCAUCAAGUUGGUUGGGCAUCUCAGCAAGGAUAUGAACUUCAACCUCCAACAGCCAUUAGACAUUUGAAAAAUGAGGCAGAGUGGCAGGAGAUCUUAACCAAAAUUAAAGAGGAAGAAGAAGAAUCAGUGAUACCAUCUGACUUAUUUAAGGAUAAACCAGUGAUUGAUCAUCACACGUUCUCUGUAAACAUGAAAUUGGAAGCAUUAGACCCCUUGGCUCCUUUUGCAAUUUCUCCUGCUACAAUUGUGAAGGUGUUCAAUGAGAAAUAUUUUUUGGUGGAAAUUGAUGAUUUGCGACCAGAGAUUACCACUAGACGGUCCUUUGUGUGCCAUGUUAAUAGUGCUGGUAUUUUCCCAGUACAUUGGAGUUUAAAGAAUGGUUUACAUCUCAGCCCUCCUCCUGGCUACCCGAAUCAGGAUUUUGAUUGGGCAGACUACCUCAAACAGUGUGGUGCUGAAGCUGCUCCACAAAGUUGCUUUCCUUUGCCAAUUUCAGAUCAUGGCUUUAAGGAGAACAUGAAGCUUGAGGCAGUGAAUCCUACCGACCCUGAAGAAGUAUGUGUUGCUACUGUUACUGCAGUGAAAGGUUCCUAUCUGUGGCUCCAGUUGGAGGGUUCAAAAAAGCCAGUUCCUGAAUGCAUUGUAAGUGUGGAAUCCAUGAAUAUCUUCCCUGUGAGUUGGUGUGAAACCAAUGGAUACCAGCUCCGAUCCCCUCGUCGAGCAGUAGUGAAUAAACAGAGGAAAGUUGCAGUAGUUCAACCAGAAAAACAAGUCUUGCCUUCGAGGAUGGUCCAUGAAAGUCUGAAGAACCAGGAGCUGAAUCCCCCUGAUUCAGUCACAAUUAAUGGGAAAUACUGCUGUCCAAAGAUCUACUUCAACCACCGUUGCUUCUCAGGGCCUUAUCUCAACAAAGGAAGAAUUGCUGAACUGCCUCAGUGUGUAGGACCAGGGAACUGUGUUCUCGUUCUUAAAGAGGUUCUCACUUUACUGAUCAAUGCAGCCUAUAAACCAAGCCGUGUUCUUCGAGAACUUCAGCUAGAUGAAGAUUCUGUGUGGCAUGGACAUGGGGAAACUCUAAAAGCCAAAUACAAAGGGAAAAGCUAUCGUGCUACAGUUGAGAUAGUGCGUACAGCUGAUCGGGUGACUGAUUUCUGCCGGAAAACUUGUAUAAAAUUGGAAUGCUGUCCUAAUCUCUUUGGUCCUCAAAUGGUUCUGGACAAGUGUUCUGAGAACUGCUCUGUAUUAACAAAGACCAAAUACACACACUAUUAUGGAAAAAAGAAAAAUAAAAGAAUUGGACGGCCACCCGGGGGACAUAGUAACUUAGAGUGUGUCAUAAAGAAAACAAGCAAGAGAAGGAAGAGGAGAAAGAACUUCUUCGUCCAUAAGAAGAAGCGCUCCUCAGCAUCUGUAGAUAACACACCAGCAGGUUCUCCCCAGGGUAGUGGGUGUGAAGAUGAUGAUGAUCAGGAUGAAGUAGAUGAAGAAUCUUUAAGUGAAGAUAGUGCCUCUGAACAGCAAGAUGAGCUACAGGAAGAAUCAGAAGUGUCAGAAAAGAAAUCAUGCUCUUCCUCUCCUUCCCAAAGUGAAUUGUCUCAUUCAUUGGCUCAGGAUCGAGACAAAAGAAAAAGAAAACUUCGCACUUUUUCUUUCUCUGAUGAUGAGAAUAAACCUCCGUCACCAAAGGAAAUAAAGAUUGAAGUGGCUGAAAAACUGCAGCUUGACAGUAACCCACUGGAAUGGAGUGUGGCUGAUGUUGUGCGGUUCAUCAAAUCUACAGACUGUGCUCCAUUAGCAAGAAUAUUCCUGGAUCAGGAAAUUGAUGGGCAGGCCCUACUACUCCUUACCCUUCCCACUGUUCAAGAGUGCAUGGACUUGAAGUUGGGCCCUGCUAUCAAGCUUUGCCAUCACAUAGAGAGGAUCAAGUUUGCCUUUUAUCAGCAGUUUGCUAACUGAGAAGAUGACCAAGGUGAACUGGACCUUUGAAGCACAAAUGCAGUGAGCCAUUGGUCCCUCUCUGAGAUGGCAUGCUGACUUUGGUGACUUCCAGAUGUCUGCUUGCUGUGAUUUUGCACUUUCAGGGAAGGAAGACCACACACAUGAAGUAAAACAAUGCACACUAAGUGUCUCCCCUGCCAAUGGAAUUGUGGUAGUCCUUUGUUCAUCAAAUUACAUUUUUUUUUAAAUAAAAGAUUGUGGGAAAGGAAAAAGAGACUCCUGUGAGGAGAAUAAGUGUCUCACAAGUUAAGGUGGUGUGGACUAAGAACUAAGAGUCAUAUCCUAGGCUGCUGGAAAAGACUUUUUCUUUUUGUUCCUUCCCAUGAUAGGUUGACAUGUUCCCUGCUUCCUUUUCUUGGCUUUAACUUAGCACUGAUAUGAGGCUAUGCCUUAAGUAAGGCUAGUGCUCCAUUUUCAGUGUUCUUUUUAAGCUUUUUUAGAACUAAAAGCAGCUCAGUUAGAGAAUGGUUUUAUGGAACUAGGGCUUUUUCUCUCUCUCACACACACACACACACACACACACACACACGUCCAUUUUAGCCCAUUUAAAUAAACAUUUCCUGGCCAUUUCUAUCUCUUUUGACAGUUGUCUGACCAUCAACAGUUCUGGGUGGAAUUCAUUUUACUUUGAUGCCUAUUUUCCUAUCACCAUAACAAUAAGGAAUUAUGUAAGAUGAAAGACAUUUUAAAAAAAUUGUGGGAGCUUAUAACAAUUCCUGAAACUGACUUAAACCCAUGUCAUAGUUUAGAGAGAUCUCUUCCAUCUUUGGCACUGGUCAGCUAUUUAAGUGGCAUAUCAAAUUUGAGUUUCUCAAGAGGAUUUAAUUUUUCUUUUCUCCCACAGAGGCUACCCCAUUCCAUCCUAUCUCAAAGUUCCUUUCUUCAUCUAGCUAACAUUCAUUUGACAAACAGGCAAAAUUCCCUUCACUUCAUUUCCAGCUCUACCAGAUAAUUAGUAUUUCUACUUAAGCCAAGUAGUUAAAACAUUUGUUUUUUCAGGGACUUAGAGCACAAGUUGAAAAUCAGCAUUCUAUGGAAAUGGCUUAUAAAAACCAAAAAGAAGUUGACAGGUCAGAAAUCUGUUGGACCUGUGCAUGUUUUGAAUUUCUUUGAUUUAAUUACAGAUAAAUUUCAAGAUAAUAUGUCAUCCACAUUUAGAUGACCCUGAUGGAACAAGUGUAUAGCUCUUUCAAAAAUCUAUUCCAGCUUUUUAGAUUUUAUGACCUUGUUUUAAGUUGAAUUGAAAGUCCAGGUGAAUUUGCUUCCACAGUUAUAAUGUUGGGAGGCUUCAGCAAAACUAUCCCACUAAGAGCUUUUGACUUCCAUUAAAGAUUGGGAACAAAGAAAUGUAUAUUCACCUCCUGAUAAUUAUGAAUGUUGAUGGAUUUGAUGAACUAGAUCAUUCCUAGUCACCAACACAUUAUAUUCAGACCAUCCAUCUUCUUCAUAUUCUACUCUAGAUUUCCUGUUGUUACUACCUGUAAUUGAUUGGGAAAUCUCAUUGUGGGUGUGGACACUAGAUAAGAUCUGAAUCCUCUGUUCAUUGAAAAGUGAGUGAACUCCCUUAAAAUAGAAUCUGUAGCCAAAUGACAAUAAGUACUCCUCCUUACAGUGCAUUUUGAAGAAGUGUUCAAAUAAGCAUGUAUAGUAAAUAAGGCAUCAGUUUAUUUUUCUCAACAUUUCAUAACUUUUAGAUGGUUCUCUUGUUACUUGGAUACUUCAGUGGACCAGUGAUUUCAUCGGGGUGAGUAGUCCUUUUGGUAAUUCAGGUCACAAUCCAGCUAUGCUCUUGGAUCUUUUGGAUCUCUUUUCAGUGUCUUCCCACAAAUUCUCCACAGAGUCCAUCUAAAAUAUUGGAGAACUUCCUCUGGUUCUUCUGAAACUGCACAUAUAUCAAUGGCAUCUGCCUUGCAUUAUAAUACCUUGUACUGGACAUCAUCUCUUCAGGCAAACGUCUUUCUGAUGACAUCCUUUAUACCACCUCUUUUGUGUAAUCUUUGGUUGGUAAUGAAUGCUUUGCAGACUACCUUCAUUACCCUUUGAAUGACUCUCAACUGUAAUUCUUCUGAGACUCUGGAACUUUAUGACUAGGACUCAUUCAGCAUCACUGGAAUCAUACUACUGGGCAAGUGAGGAUCAUAAAAUCCCCAAAAGCAAUUGAAUAGUUUCCUUUGGCCUUCUGAUUUUCUUCCUCUUAGAUUCUGGCCCUAGCUCAUUAUCUAUGCAUAAUGUUUAUCUAAGAUACAUGAUGAGACAACUCUACAGAUUAGUUUCAUCCAAAUGCAUAUUGUACUCUAGAAAGUAGGCAUUCUUCAUCCAUUUAGUUUUUCCAGUGUGGAUAAUUAACCAUAUAUGUGCUUCACUGGAACAUAUUUCCAGAACCCUGGGUUACCUCUACACCAAGGCAUCAAAAUAGCAUUUUGUGGAAGUCUCUCAUAUUAAAACGUUUCAAUAUAAGUAAAAUAUAACAAAACAAGUAGAUAUGACUAGAUAUUUUAGUAUAAAGAUUAAUCUGGUGAAGUAUGAGGGAAUGUUUGGUACUGAGCAUUAACUAGGGAGAUCACUUUUUGGUAUCUUGUUUAAUAAAAUUUUCUUCUAAUUCUAACUAUCCAAUAGUGGAAUUAUUCAAUUGAUAAUUUCUAGGAAAGUUAAGAAAAAUUCUCCUACCCCCAGAUAGUUUUGGAAUUAUAUAAUUGAAGUUUGGACCCUCAUAUUUUCUGUCUUAAUUAGGUAAAUAAAAUAUCUCUUCAGUAUGACAAUGGAUAUAUUACUUUAUCCCCAAAUCUAUUUUUACUUUUAAAGGAUACAUAUAAUUCUGGAGCUUAAAAAAGGAGAUCUUAGGGAUAACUCUAGUACAAACCUCUACAUUUAUGUUUGGAGAAAAUUGAAGCCCUGAAAAGGUGGUGACUUUCCAAAAUUUAAAAAGCUGUUCAGAAAUAUAACCUGAAAGAGGGGCUAGAGUUUUGGAUUUCUUAAUGUAAGAAUCCUUUUCUUUUACUGAACUCUUAUGUUUCCCUCCUCCUUCCCACUCACUUAAUAUUUUAACAUGCUCUCAACACUUAUAAGUAAAAUCUCAGGGUUAUUUUCUUGGAAAGAGAGAGAGCAUAACUUCAUACUGAAGCAUUCAUGCUUGGGAAUAUUCUACCAAACUUCUAUUUGCAUUACUCCCUGGAUAAAUAGAAAUCAUUGAGCAACUAUGUUAAAGAUGCAAAGUCAAACUCAAGAAAAAAAUUAACUUUAAAUUCUUUGUGGAAGUAAAAGUUUGGCAAUGUUUGGUGUGUCACUGCGUCUUUAAAUAUAUAUUCCACAUUCAUAUUAAUAUAAGAAAUUUAAGAGUUAAUCUGACCUCAUUUUGUUGGAAAGGUUAGAAGACUACAAUGAUGUGAAUCAAGAAGGAUCAAUUUGAAUUUGAUAUUCUAUAUUUAUCCUCUCGUGUUUGUUUCUUCCUCCAAUCACACCAGUUUCACAUCAGUUACUGUUGUCAAAGACUUAGGUCUUCUCAUAGAUACACAGUAGAGGAGCCACUCUGUACAUGAGAGGUCUUCCUUAGGUCCUUUUACUGUCUCAGGGUUACUAAUGUAAUUUCCAGGCUAUUUUCAUUUGUUGUUUUGCCAAAUAGCUGAUCCACCUCUUUUUCUGGCCACAGAUGAACUCCAAGAUGCCUUCGGGAUCCCCACCGUCAACAUGCAACAAUUUAUUUACACCCAUAAUUUAUAUCUGUUGCCUUUUACAUUACCUGCAAUUUAGAUUCAUUUAGGAUCCAGGUGUAUCAUUAUUCACAACCUGGUAGAAUACUGCUGUUAAAUUGCAGCACUGACAGUUUAGGAUUGUUGAAAGUACUCCAGGAUUUCCAAGAUUUGAUCCAGCCUAAUCUGCAUUCACAGCUCAGCUCAUCAUCCAUUUGUAGCACUUAUGCCAGGAUAUAGCUGAAUCAACACACACAAGUUGUGAAUAUUGCUACAUAGCAUAGCCUGGGAAAUAAAGAUGUCUCUUCUUUUUUUAUUUUCAGAAUCUAUAAAAUUAGAACAGUCUCCUUGUUGCUGUGAUCUGAGGAGGGAGAUAUUUUUGGUUUUGUUUUUUAUUUUAGGGUGUUUUGGACUUGAUGCAGUUGAUAUAACAUUAUCUGACUGAGGAGCAUUUGGAAAACCUCACUAUGAAUUCCAUGCAGAGUAUUCAUUAUACUAGAGGACACUUUGGGUGAUCACAUGUCCCUUUUUAACACCUUACUUGACUGAUCAAUCAAUAUGCAUUUAUUAAGCAUCUACUAUGUGCCACACACUACGCUAGACACUAGGGAUCCUUGAUUUCAUUGCUCAGCAGAAUUGUUGAAGAAAGUUAUCUUUACUGUUGGUCUUAAUUUCCCAUAUUUCUAAUGUAAUGUGGGAGAUAGCCUUGUUAGAAGAAAGCCUUCAAGGAUAUAGUUUGUUCUGUUUAGGCAAAUAAUUUUUUAAAAAAUCAAUAAACAAUAGAUAUGAUUGUUGCUUUAGUAAGAUUUAUGAAAGCCUGCUUAUUACUUUUUCAUGUUUUCAUCAAGGAUACCUUGACAUUUAUGCAGGCCAUUCUCAUAAAGUUAUUAUAGAACUUAGAUAAUAGGCAUAUGGGUUAAUAGUUAUGGACAUCUGCUCAUUCACACUGUGGUUUUUUAAUAUUCUUUCAGAAUCUUUUCCUCUUUGAAAUACCUUGAAAAUGAACCCAUAGUGCCUUGACAUUGACCACCUUGAGCAUAGAUUUCAUCUAUAUGCAUUUGUCAGAUCCAGCCAUUCUUCUCAAUUAUAUCUUAAGUGCUAUCACCACUUCUUUAUGUAGUACAUUGGGUAUUAAAAUGGCCAUAUACAUGUAUGGUUGUUAAAUUCGAUUAAGUGAUUAAGAAAACCAGUACUAUAAAAAUGCUGGCCAUUAUAUCCCAUUUCAUAUCCAGUGUCAUCCUUAUAGGCCAGUUUUAUCUGCAAAUGCUUUCAGGAUGACUUAGCUCAGCUUGGUCUCAUACCAUAUUCUCAGCCAAAUCAUUUUUACCCUUAACUGCUUUUGUGUUAUUUUGUAAAGUGAUUAUACUCUUAAUCUUCCAUCAUUCUUUUCAGUAAAUAAGCUUAUACAUCAAACCAGUGGUGUCCUUGGCUGCCAUUACUCUACCUUUGGCAAGAAGAUUUAAGUGUUUGCUACUGGGACAUUUUCUGGGGUCUUUUGGCCUAUUCGUACUAGUGACUGCUUUGCAUCAUUUAAAAUUCUCUUUAAAUAAAUCUUGACAAUUUUUUGGUCAUUUCCCCAUUUUUGGAGAUCAGUAACUUGUUCCAACAUAUUAGGCUUCACACAGUAUCUUCAUUCAUCCACAGACUUUCUUUUAAUUUCAUAGUUACUUUAAAAAAUUUAGUUAAGGAAACAGACCCAGAGAAGUUAAGAGACUUGCUCAGUUACUAGGAAUGAUGAGUGAUUUGAAUUCAGAUUUAAUCUGCCACUCACAUUCUUUUCACAAUAUCAUGUUGCUAUUACUAAAAAUACCUGGCUCUUUCUUCUUUGCCUGUUGCUUUAACCAGAUGAUUUGACUAUCAGAUAUAGCUAUCAUAUCAACAAUUAGGUUUUUCCAUAAUGAAAUUAUUGAAGUGUAGUAAUUUUUUCAUUUUUCAUGUUGUGGUUACAUUCUUGCCAUCUCUAGGACCUUCUGAGUGUUUUAUAGUUAUAUGUCUUUUAAGUAGCCUAUAUUCUUUUAACUUUUUUUUUGGAGUUCUUCAUCUCAAAGCAUAUUUAUCAACAUGGUUUUUGCCCUCUUCCCCUAUACUUCUUCUCACAUGGAAGUCACCGAGUAUAGAGAUUAUAUGUUGACUUAAUUUGGAAAAUUGUUAGGUUCAUCAAAAAAUUUUUAUUAUCCAUCCUCUAUAAUAGAUAUUGCAUAAGCUUCAGUUAUUUUCUUGGUCUAUUUGCUUACAUUCAUCACCAGGACUGCAAGGCAAGAUAACCAAGUAUCCUUUGAAACAAUGUUGUUGUCUUUGGGAAUGCUCUGAAACCAACUCUGCCACCUCCUUUAUUUAUCUUUCUAAGGAAAAUAUGCAAGUUGUCCCUCUAUUUAUUUAGCUGCAGCUUCUUUGUCUUCUGAUUUAAUUUAUAACAAAAAUGCUGAUACGUACAUGAUUAACUUUCUCUAGUAUUAUUCCAGCUUGUUGGUAAUUUGACAGAUAUGUGUACCAACUGUUAAAUUAAUGUUUGUAGACAGUUUGGAGCCAUAUGAUUCUUAGUAUCCUUUAUCACCUUUCCCACCAUCCACCCCCGUUUAAGAGGAAGUAACGAUCAACUUUGAAUUUUCAAAAGAGAUGAUUCUUCUUGAUUGCAUAAAAUAUUUCUAUGCGAAAUGUAGUCAUAUGUGCUCUAUCUUUCUUGGGGAAAUUAUCUUUGGUUGCUAUAUUCAAAAAGAAUUCAUUGUAGAACAGUUACAUUUUCCUGGAUUUCAUUUCUUGUUCACUCUAAUCCAGCAAGAGAAGUCUCCCAUAAUUGUGUGCUCAUCAUGCAAUGACAACUUUGGAAAUAUAUUAAUGUGCUGUAGUUUUCCUCUGGGACUCUGAAAAUUUAUCAGGGUGUUUAAUAACUUGUUCCAGCUUGGUCAUGGGGUUAGGUAAAUGACUUAAACUACAUAUGUGAUAGCUACUAGGGAAUUGUGGUUAGGGCUGUAGGCAGUUGAGCCUUCUAUUCAAACCACAGUGGGACUCUAGUUUUCAUAUUAGUUGUUCCUAUUUUGCAGCACAGAUAACUCCAGCAUAUGUUCUGUAGUAUAUUCUUAGAACAAGGCGCAUUAUACCUACCAACCUUCUGGCAGAUACAUAAAUACUUAUUUAACUAUUCUAUAGGUGAAGCUAGUUAGCCAGAUCCCAGACUUGGCUUUUUGUGCUUCUUUUCCUGGAAUUAAAAUUUAACUCACUGUGAGAUAGGGGACAUUGGACCAUAGCUUCUUCAGAACUUGAUUUAACUUAACUUUCUACUUGAUAUCAGUUCAGCAGGUGAUCUGGGAUGAGUAGGCUUGGAACUAUGGGAAUUGCUUUGUUGGGACCAGUUCUCAAAACCAUGUCCCUAAAAGCAAGGUAAAAGGCUUUGUUUGUUUUUUCCCCUUCUGGGAAAUGUACAGAGAACAUCAGGGAGUUUUAGGAGCAUGUGGGUUGUGACAUAAAUGAGGGGCACUGGGAUAAAUUACUAGAGAGGCUUUUAUUUAUCUGGCGUGUUCACCAAAGACUUUUCUCAUUAUUAAUAUGUUGAGACGUUUUAGUUAUAGCUCUUCUCAUUAAUGUUUUGAAAGAAAAGCCAGGAGCUAAGUCCAUUGCAGAAAUCUGUAUAGGACUUAGAUUCUAGGUGUGUGUUUUUAGGAAUUGUUAGUUUAGUUUUAGUUUUUAAAAAUAAUUCAACACUUUUCUCUAUUGUUAGUAGGAGACUCAUUGGCCUUAUGAAGCUGAUAAUAAGGGGGAUCCCAUGAGUCUUGGUGGGAAUCAAGUGCCCUUUCUGUGAAGCUGAACUGGUUGGUUCUGAGUCAUUACAGCAUGUGGAGUGCUGCCUCAAAACCAUUGUAGAUAAUAAACCUGCCAUAAAGCCAAAAAAAAAUAAUUCAGUUCUUUUCAUGCAAAUAUUUCAGUUAUUGACUUUCACUAUUUAAAACAUUUUAUUGAUGAACUUUUGUUGAUCUCACCUUUUGCAUGAGACUGUAUUUUGGAAACUUGAAUUUCUCCAUAUAAGCCACAUUCAGGCUUAGCAUUUCCAGCUAAAGAGUUCUAAACUGUAUGUUCAAAGACAAGUCCAAUUGUAACCUAUUCCAAACCCACCUUUUUGGGUGCUCCCUUCAAAACUUUCCCCAAACCAUACUAAUGGCCUUGUUUUUGAAGGCAGCCUUAGGGGUAAAAGAAUAACAGGUGGGUGGUGGAUGCACUGAAGAUUACAAGGUUCUUUAUUGCAAUGUUUAAAGACUCUUCUAGUUUUCCAACCAGCAAAACCAGAAAUUGAGGUGGGGAAUGGAAAAGUGGUCUCUUGAUUCCCAUCCCACAUUGCUUUUCUGGUUUAAGACACAAAAUCGUCUGUCCCAGUGAUGUGACCUAUUGUACAGAAUUAAAUUGCUAUUUCAAAGAGAAACAUGCCAGAGCCUUGCCAGAUGGGUCUCCAACACCAGCAGUGAGGUGCUGACUCUGAAGCCUUUGUAGGAGGUAAGGGGGUCUCACUCCAACUAACUUUAGAGGCAGUAGGUGAAACUGACCUAGUACAAUGGGGCCUCAUCUGAAAGAUGUUUUUGCGCCAGGGUCAUAGUGUUUUUAUGUGGCUUCCAAGUGUUAGGUUCAGCCUAUCUGAUCUGCCACGUUGGCAGAAUGAGAGUGGACAAGGCUAGGGCACUUGAAUCAAAGGGGGUUGGUGGUUUAAAUUCUUGACAACUUAAAAUAAGAAGCAACUGACUUUGAUAGAUUAUGAUACUCAGGCAAAAACAAUAAGCUGGUUGUAUUGUCGGUUACUUAGUUUCACUUUCCAGGAAACCUUUAAGGAAGGUAUCUUGAAGUUUUUGAGUUUCUCUCUCUCUUCCUUUUCCCUUUCCUCCUUUUUAGUUGAAUAACUAUGUAGACAAUCAGAGGUCUGCCAGGGAGGGACUCCUGGCUGGAACCAGCACCAAGUUUAGGCCUCUUUCAUAUACAAACUCAUUGGAACUGAUGCACUUUGUUUCCUGUAUUUUGCCUUUUUUAUUAGCUGCUUGUUUGGAACAAAAUGAAAUGCAUACUGUGUUGUGACCUUCCUGCUUGCUGUUUUUUCCUUCAUUUCAAAAGUUAUGCAUCAAAGGUAAAAUACUACUUAAGGAGAAAUAUGCACAAACAAAUAUGCCUAUUGAAAAUAAUGUCCAUCAUGUUUGGGUAGGUGUAGUGACUUCAAAGGAUUUUAAAAACUAUUUUAGAUGGUAUUUUGCUUGUUUCCUUGUAAAUAAGAAUGUAAAUAAGUUUGUGGUAUGACAGUUUUAAGUGAUUGUAAAAAAAAAUUAAAAAAAAAACAACAACACAAA